UUGGGCGCGCUGUUUUUGCCGCGCUGCACGGAACUCCGUUUCAGUUUGUGGGUUUCCCGCAGGAUCAGCUCCCUGCCCAGAAAGCUAAAAGAUGCCCCGCUUGUUCAACUGUAUCGUCGCUGUUUGCCCCAACAUGGGGAUCGGCAAAGACGGAAAUUUCCCCUGGCACCCGAACAGAUUGAACAAAGAACUCAAGUAUUUUCAGAAGAUGACCACCACACCAUCAGUAGAAGGGAAAAUCAAUGCUGUCGUGAUGGGACGGAAAACCUGGUUCUCUAUUCCUGAGAAGUUUAGGCCACUUAAGAACCGGAUAAAUAUUGUACUAAGCAGAGAACUGAAGGAGCUGCCAGGAGGAGCAAGUUACCUGGCUCGUGAUUUGGAAUCAGCACUUGCUCAUCUGGAUUCACCAGAGCUGCAGGACAAAGUGGAUCUUGUGUGGAUAAUAGGUGGGAGCAGCCUCUACAAGUUUUGACGUCUUUGUGGAAAUCAUUUGGAUUACAACUGAACAACAGCCCAAAAAGCAUCAAUACUGAAGUAAAACACCACAAAUGCUGCAAAUCUGAAAUAAAACCAGAAAAUUCUGGAAAGUGUGUCUGGCACUAUCUGUGGAGGGUUUUUAAGUUACAAGUAGAUGGAGAAAUUGUGUAUUCUGGCAGGUUUCCAAUGUAAUUCUUGCACUAGCUGCUAGCUUCUUCAGUGUCCUUGCACUACUCUUUCACAUUUUUAAAAUCUGAAACUGGUUCUGUUUAUGCUUCUUUUAGGUGGUACACAUAUAGGUUUUUAGAUAAGUACCAAUUGGAAGCAGCAUGUGAAGAUCUUUGCAGAGGUCACCUUCAAUAUUUCCAACCUGUUAACAGUGCCCGUGAAAUCCUGUACUGCACUAUAAGUCGUGUUUGAAAUCAUGGAAUGAUACAGCACAUCAUUUUGAGCCAUGCCUAUGCUAACUCUUGGGUAUAGCUAUUCAAAUAGCCCCACAGCCCUGUAAAUCAAAUGCUUAUCAGUUCCCUAAUGGGGAAUGAAUCUGCUUCCAACACCCUUUUUCAGGUAAUGAAUUAGAGGGCCAGUACUAUCCUUGUUUACUGAGUCCGAGUUUUGUCAUCUGGAAAUUUUGAACUGUAUUUCCUGCCCACUCAGGUUCAGGUCUUACCAUUUCUUUGUUGAUCUAUGUUACUAACACCAGUCCUGGAAGUAUUAUAUUUCUCUCCAGUUGGAAAAAUUACCAUUCAAUUUGCUCUGCUUUAGUCAAUUUAGUAUCCAAACUGUAUCUCUUUCCCUUUAAUUCCAUGCGGUUUAAUUUUGUUGACAAGUCUAUGGUACUUUAUUAUACUGCUUUUGAAAAUUCUUAUACAAAAUAUCAGUCAUAUUUCCUUCAUCAUUUUCAUCCCAGAAUUUUUAAAAUUAAUUGAACACCAGUUGCCUGUAACAAAUCCACAUUUACUUUCAAUUUUUAUGCAUUUUUGUCCCAGUUAUUGAUUUUUAAAAGUUUCUUCAGCGGUGCUGUUCACUGGGCAUAUAUGCUUCUCUCUAUCUCUCUCUCUCUGUCUCUCUGGGCAGAGGAGACCAUGUUCGCAAUUUUUCAUUCAUUUGGCACUGUCUCUGUAUUUAAAAAAUGAUUUGUAUUUAAAUUAGA